AUGAUUUCUUGUACUGACUACAUACUUAGGGUCAUGAGAGUAAAUGCAACAUUCUAGCUGAGACAUCCAAAUAUUUUGAAAAUUAUAGAUACCUUUCUAAAUUACAAAGGUCAAUUUGUUAUUGUUAGAGAGUUGGCAGAAUCUAGUUUAGAAGAAUAUAUAAAAAGGAGAUUGAUUGAUGAGAAGAAACCAUUAAAUAAUUCUGAAGUUGCUUUUAUCAUGCUCCAAUUACUCGAAGGAUUAGAGUAUAUCCAUAAUAGCGGCUUUAUUCACAGAGAUAUAACACCAGAUAAUUUAUUUGUUUUUAAUGACGGCAUUAUAAAAAUCGGUAAUUUUGAUAUCGCUAUUUUUGGAAAAUAUUCCUAUGAAUGGGCUGGUAUACCGAAAUUGAUGGCUCCAGAAAUUGAUAGUGUUCCAGAAUUUCCCUAUGAUAAUAAGGUUGAUAUUUGGUCUCUUGGACUUGUAUUCUACUUUCUAAUGACAGGAAAAAAAUUAGAAAAACAUAGGCCACUUUAUUAAUCUAAUGGUCCUACAUUUAAAUGUCCUGAAUAAUACUCUUAAUUCCAAGAAAUCUUAUCAAAAAUGACAAAAAUGAAACCUGAUCUAAGACCUACAAUUCAAGAAUUGAAAAGUGAAUUUCUUAAAUUGAUCUGGGAUAGACAAUAGUAUAACAAUUAUUAGAGCUAUAUUAUGAAUCACUACUUUAAUGAAGUGAAAUCUAGUGUUGAAAAUUCUAUAAACUCGGAUGAUAGAUAUUUAAUUGAGGAUCAGAUUUCUCGUGGAGGAUUUGGCUCAGUUUACAAAGCCAAAGAUUUGAAGGAUGAAAUUAAUAAAGUUGUUGCUUUUAAGAAACAAGAUCUUUCUAUUUUAAACUAUCGCAAAGGCGAAGAUCUUUCUAUUGAAGUACUUAGAAUUAUGAGGGAAAUAGCAACUUUUUAACUUAAGCAUCCAAAUAUUGUUGAAAUACUUGAUUCAUAUCUUACAAUAGAAAGCUAAUUUAUCAUUAUCAGUGAGUUAGCUAAAUAUGACCUUACUGAAUUUAAAAAAUAGAAAGGACAAAUGAGUUACUCAGAUAUUUCAACCAUAAUGAUUCAGCUAUUAGAAGCUUUAGAAGAAAUACAUUGCAAAGGAUUCACCCACAGAGAUAUUAAUCCCUAAAAUGUUCUAGUUUUUGAUAAUGAUAUAGUUAAGAUUUGCGAUUUUGGAGUAGCAUCAUUUGGUACAUAAACUGCAGCUCGGGCAGGAAAAGAAUAUUAUAUGGCUCCAGAGGUAUUGAGUCUUGAACCUUAUGAUAAAUCAGUAGAUAUCUGGUCAUUAGGAAUUCUACUUUACUAUUUAUACCAAAAAUACCCUAUUUGA